AUGGGUUGCGGGAACAAAAUCUUUUUCUGGUUAGAUAAAUGGGCAGGAGAUUAUUCACUAAAAGAACAAUUUCCUAGUCUCUUUGCAUUACAAUCAGACAAACGUUGUUUGGUUCAGCAUCGUUAUAUACUAUCGGACGGGCAUAUUCACUGGACUUGGGGUGGCGAGUCCCCGAUUACCCUAUCGGAGACAGCUAGAAUGUGGGAGGACUGUGUUAAUCGGUUAGAAAAUGUUCAACUAAACAAGAAAUCUGAUCAAUGGCUUUGGAAACAAGAUGAAAACCGAGAAGAAUUCAGGGUGGGCAAUCUACGAUCAGAAUUAGAUGGGAUAAGCAUGCUUCCAGAAACACAUGUUCUCAGAUGGCUUAGCCGGAUACCGAAGAAAAUAAAUUGCUUCCUAUGGAGAGCGGUACUGGAUCGAAUUCCGACUAGAGAUGCUUUGGUAAUAAGGAACACACAUAUUCCUUCGGUUCUAUGUGUGUUAUGUAACACACGUAAUGAAUCGAUGGACCACUUGUUGAUUUCCUGUCAAUAUGCUCAACUGGUUUGGACAACGAUCUCGUUAUGGGUCAAAAUACCCCUUCCGAGAUACUUACUAAGUGUGGUGGGAUUACUCGAAUACAUUGAAGCACAUAGUUCAUCACAAGACAAAAAGAAGGUGGUUUAUCUAAUCAUCGCGGCGACAUGUUGGACACUAUGGCGAAUCAGAAAUAAUGUGAUUUUCAAUUGCAAAACAACACACGUUUCAAGGGCAGUUGGUGACAUUAAGGUACUUUCGUUCUUAUGGGUUAAAGCACGGGCUGGAAAAACGGAUCUAGAUUGGAAAGAAUGUGGCGAGUUUAGUUGUUUCAAAUGA